UCGAAACGCUGUCGGCCACAUGCUUGCCCUCUUUCCCCUCCGCUCGUACGUGACAUGUAACCGUCUAAACGCGGUUAACUCCGGUUUUCGAUGGGUAGUUUCCUCGCUGUGAGCACCCAUUCAUCCAAAAGCUAGCUAGCCGGGCACUCACAUUUCUGACACCAGAGCACAUUAUUAGUAAGCUAGCUAACAUCGUCAGUCAAAAAUGGCCACCUCCCCCUUUCCCUCCUGAGGUCGGUAAUUCAUUCUUCACCCUGGAAAUGUGUAGAAGUGCAAAUAAUCUUGUGUGACUACGACCCCUCACUUGUGUUCGGAGGGCGACAGCGAAGUGGGCAAACUGUUUAAAAGCCGCCUUGGCUGCAAGUUGGCAGGCCGUUUCUAGCUAGCUAACUCUAGCUAGUUCCUGGAAGAAAUAUCCAUCUGUCUCAGGCUGUUCUAUUGGUCGGUGUGUGUGUGUGACUCAACUUAAAUGCUUCGAUUAGCCAGGCUCGAUCCCUUGUUUUAACCCCUUAUUGGUGCGUAGACGUUUUAUUACCACCCACAUCCGUUUGGGAAUGUCGUUUGAUUAAAUUCCACGUAUGUGUCAAAAAUGUACUUAACGACCUGUUUAACGUGGGCAGACUGGGUUCAAUGGAGCUGUGGUGUCUUUAAGAUUCGCUGUACAUGUGUUUUUAUCUGCGUAAAUCAACUACGUGGGGACUUCACUGUGGAUGUCAAGCAUGUGGUCGCCCGUAGUCACCGCGUGUUGCCUCGGCUCCAGCUACACGCACACAUUCAAAUCAGACAACUGGAAGCUCAAUGUCCAGUCAACCAUGAUAGGAUUUCUUUCUCCCUUUUUAAUGAGAGCGUGUUGAUGGCAGGGAAGAGUCGAGGUCAAAUGCUACCAGACCGGUUUGACAUGAAUGUUGCUAGAGACGCGGAGUUAUUAUUGAGUGCAUGGGAGCAGAUGCCAUGGUCGGUGACGAGAUGUCCUUCCAGAGCUAUUCCCUCUAUAGCAUGGCAGCCCCAAGAGCUGCUUCUUCACUAAAAUUGCUAGUGGUCGUUGUUCCGGUCACGUUUCCCAGCCAUGCAGGCACUCCCCUCCCAGUUACUCUGAUUGGUCAGAGGAUCUCCCUUCUGUGCUUAGAGGCACUUGGCUGCAUUCAAAGAAAAGGGUCCAUCUGGGUAAGAGGACAUUCAGAGAAAUGGAGGUUUGAGUGGGACAAACUUUUGGAGAAUGUGCAUUGUUUGAUCAUAAGUGUGACAAAGACUGACAAGCAGGAAGCUUAUAUACUCAGUGAGAGUAGCAUGUUUGUCUCCAAGAGACGUUUCAUUUUGAAGACGUGCGGAACCACCCUCUUGCUGCAAGCACUGGUCCCUCUGCUGGAACUGGCCAGGGAGUACUGCGGCUUUGAUGCCAUCGAGAAUUUCUUCUACUCCCGCAAGAACUUUAUGAAGCCAACUCAUCAAGAGUUCCCUCAUCGAAACUUCCAGGAAGAGGUGGACUUUCUCAGCCAGAUUUUCCCAAAUGGUGCAGCCUACUGCAUGGGGCGUAUUAACUCUGACUGCUGGUACCUCUUCACCCUGGACUUGCCAGAGUUCUGGGAAAACAAGCAUGCAGAUCAGACAUUGGAAGUUCUGAUGAGUGACCUUGAUCCAGCCAUUAUGGACCAGUUCUAUAUGAAAGAUGGUGUUUCUGCAAGUGAUGUCACUCGUAUGAGUGGAAUUCGUGACCUGAUACCAGGUUCUGUGAUCGACGCCACAAUGUUCAACCCUUGUGGAUACUCAAUGAAUGGAAUGAAGACUGACGGAACAUACUGGACCAUCCAUAUUACCCCUGAGCCGGAGUUCUCAUAUGUCAGCUUCGAAACCAACCUCUCCGCAACGUCGUACGAUGAUUUGGUUCGGAAGGUGGUAGAUGUGUUCAAGCCAGGAAAAUUUGUGACUACCCUUUUCGUCAAUCAGAGCUCCAAAUGUCGCAGUGUCUUUACUUCUGCCCAGAAACUUGAGGGCUACAAGCGUCUCGACCGCCAGUUGGCUCAGUUCAAUGAUUACAAUUUUGUCUUCACCAGUUACGCCAAGAACCGGCAGCAGAACCAACAGAGCUGAGGGUUGAGGAUGAGGAAGAGAAAGAGGCAUAAAAAGAAAGGCGGCCGCACGGGGCUGCCCCGCCGCAGCCGGCCUUAUCCCCCAGUAGAGAGCUUGUUGUCCUCCUCCCUCCCCCUCGUCCUCCCCCUCUGCUGCCGUCAUCAUUCAGAAUCUGCUGAUGCAGUCACGAGCCCUAGUUUAACCUCCAGUUUGAGUUUUUUGCAUUGUUGUACCUGUGACUUAGAUCUCUUGCAUGAAAGCUCUUUUCUCUGUUUCGAUAUUCUAGCUCACUCUUGCUGUGAUCUUGAAGUGCAUGUAGAGGAAUUAAACACGCUCUGUUUGAGGCUGUCCACCUGUGCCCAGUACAAUGGUCCAUUCCUGCAGGUCUCCCCCCUCAUCCCCCACAGACAAGGCUUCCGCCCGCACUAGGCCAGGGCCCUGACAUGCUCAGAUUCGUCUGCCUCUAUAUGAACCCAACCUGCCCCGACUGGUUUGCUUUCCAGUGUGACAAUUAAUAUUAAUGAAUCCCUAUCAAUGAUUGCGAGCACUUUAAAACCAGUUUACUCAUGAUACUAAAAUGAGGCCAAACUUUUGCCUCAAGUGUUAUUGAAUGUAUAAGUCAUGGUAAGCUUUUGGCCAUUCUUAUCGUUGUCGCGUUUCAUAUUAGAGAUUAGUUGAAAACGACUGCCAUACCUGCUGUUUGUCAAUAUUGGAUUGGUUUGCAGUAUGUUGGUCAGUGUGGUCUUUGCUUGCUGUAAACUGCACUAGAGCAGAUUUUUGCUUUGCUGGGCUUUGAAGCGGUGCACCUGCAUGCGUUCAAUCAUUCGUGCUUCGUCACCUGUACAAUCAUUUAGUUUGUGUUGAUACAAAUGGACAAGCUUUUAAAGUUGUAUGCCUGGAAAAUGUGUAUUUAUGUAUGAAUCAUUUAAGAUAUACGCACUUUUUGGCACCCAGGCUUCUUUGUUUUACAGUGUGCUGUAUCUAUAAGAAGCUUCUGGGUCUUUAAUCCCCCACCCCACCCCAAAUUUCAUUGAACUCUAAAUUUCUACAUUCACAUAAAUUGGUUAAAUGGAAAGUCUUCAAACUGAAUGUAGCACAGUCCAUGUGAAGUGGCCUGUCCAGCCGUCUUUCGAAUGUACACUUCUCUAGAGAAAAGCCUGGACCAGGCUGAAUGUACAACUCCAGGUUAGCGCCCCACCACCACCACCACCCACACAGAGUGCUCACAAUGCCCUCUGCUGACCAGCCAUUGUCCAACUCGCAGCAGGUUUCCUCUUGCCAGAGUCAGACUGUCAGCUGGCCCCAGCACCGUGACAUAACGAGAGCCGGUGCUCCUGGCUACGCCUGCGCCCCACUCUGAAUGGGAAAUAAUGAAUCAGACACUUUUUGCUUAGUUGCCCAGCAAAGCAUUUUUCUUUUUCCCACAUAAUAUCCAUCCUCUCUCUGUCUCUUUCCGCCCCAUACAGAAAUCUGUAAAUGCACAAUAGAGGCCCACCAGUCUGAGCAUGCCAGGGUGAUCCCGGAUCAUUCCACAUGUAACCGCUGCAUAAACUGCCAUUUUAUUAAUUUUAUUGUGUCCAGACAUUUUUUGCAGUGAAUUGGUCGAGUAGCAGUUUCUUUUCUUUUUGUUUGGAUCAGUGCCCUUUUGUUCAUUGAGGGGGGAAAUCCUGUGACACUAUGGUGCAUGUGACUACUAGUGCCGUGCUUGCUUGACAGUGUAGUGUAGCGCCGUCUCUUCUUCCCAAUUUGUCAGUAGGUCUGUGUGCUUCACCUUCUUGUUUCACCAGCUGAAAUCGUAGUUGGAACUGCCGCAUCCGGAUUUAUUUUGGAUAGGCGGGGAGGUUAUUUUCUUUUUUCAAAGGGGUCGGGUUAAUUUGUAAUUAAUCUUAUUUCAAGUUGUGGACAUGUGCUGAAAGCAGGCUAGGUUUCCUAAUUUAUGACUUGAUGUCAAACGUCCAAGGUUUGUCUCCUCCGCCUGCCGUUGAGCUGCGUGGUGGUUCCUGACUCUUCUGCCAGAGAAUGCAGUUUGAAUUUUGAAUUGGAGAAGACACAGUGGGAAUUUAACCUGCUUUCAGCCCUGCAGUACAUUCUCUCCAUAUAAUUACCUACUACAGUGUUAUGGUAACUUAAGGUUGGAACAGUUCAUGUAAGAACUGGCACUUGGAAUAGUUCGCUCUAGUUUGUCCGUCAUGGCUUUUUGGAGUGGUUUCAUUCUUUUCCUGAGGACCAAUCUCUGCUCUUACAUGAACAACUCCUUACUGUCACAUUUAAACUAUCACUGUUUAAAACUACUGACUAAGUUAAAUGCCAACUGCUCUGGGAUUAACUACAUUUUAGCCUUGUUGGUGUGGAUCAUAGCGACUUUUUAUUAUUUUAUAUAUACAUAUAUAUAUAUACUGUGAACUCAAAGCAUUUUUUGCAGUUUGAACAGUAACAGAAUUUUAUACAAAAUAUAUUUUGUAUUUUUGCUGCGGACCAAUCUUUAUUUUUCUUCCCCCAUUUUUGUCCAAAUGUUCAAAACUAGUUUAUUAUGAGUUUAAGGGAUGAUCCUUUUCAGAGUUGACUAAAUCAUGUUUUUUUUUCUUUCGCUUUCUUUCCUUUGUGAAUUUGUGAAAAAUUCCAGAGGAAGGGAAUGUGAAAGGUCCCCCCCCUGGGUGAGAGGGUACAGUUGCAGGAUGUAUCACGAUGUACUAAAGGAGAAACUUUGCUGUUCUAAUUCUUUCUUUUGCUGUUCUUUGGAUGGUCAAGAUGUGCUAAAUAUCUGUGCUACGAGCUUGAUGCUUCAAUAAAAGAUACUUAUCUGUGCAAA